AUGGCACGGCGGCCUAUAUCGACGGCGUACGAUACGCAGUACUGCAGCUUUCACGACAUUGAGCUGGUAGCGCCGUCGUCGCCGCCCAACAACAUGGUCGUGUCCGACAGUCGACGGGACAAGCACGCUGAUCCCAGUACAAACACCAGCACCGGUGCCGCCGUCAGCCGAACCCGGGCACGGCCCUCUACUCGCCGCUCCGGUAGGUCGCACUACCAUGGCAAUUCAGUCCACAUGCCUCCAUCCGUAGGCGCGACAGCAACGCCAAAGCAACAGCUAUCGUACUUUCAAUUCCCUCCGCCUGACCCCAUGGACGAUGAGCUCGACCGCUCAACCAACAUGUCCUUCUCACACCCAACGGGCCAGCAACAACGACGGCAACAGCAGCAGCAACAGACCCUCCUCCCCCAGACGACACAUUACUGGACCAGCGACCAGACACGCCGCCUCGAGUACGCCGCCAUCGACGCUGCCAGCUGUGGUGUUAAGGGUUGGAUCCGUCGCCACCUACCGGACUGCAUCGGCGCCAACAGCUCAAAGAGGCACAUAUCCUUUGACGACGAUACCGGAAGUGUGAGGAGGUACCGUCUCGAGCUGGAGGAGGACGACCACAAAGGCGAUGAGAAUCCUGCCCAGUCUAGGAAGCCGUUGUGGCGGUUCUGGGUCAGGGACGGAGACAACAGUCAGUAA